AAGUACUUCCAACUAGAAGAGGUUCAUGGCACGCAUGCCCUUAACCAAUUAGUCUCUACUUCAUGUUCGAUAAACUAUUCCCAAAAGAACCCGGUUAGGACGCGCUUUCACCCUCCCAGCAAUCGCAAUCUGCAAACGCCUUCGAUCACGAUAUCCCAUGUCAUCAAUUUUGUUUCUUAACAAUCAAAUAUGCAUCAAAGGCACAAUUGUUAGAACAGCUACGACGCUACCUGCAGGAGAUGCGCUCAGAAACCCCCACUCCUAAAGUUCAGGGUGUGGAUGGUUCUAAGCUGUAUGAUAUGCGCAUCCUAGGAGUGUCACGUGGAUUCGAUCCGUUUGGGAGUAUUCAGGAUUUCCAUGCCUUCCUUACUGAUGGUUUUGAGAUGUCUACGGAACAGUUUCCUGAACUUAAUAGAUUGGUAAUGAUGCAUCAAAAAUCCAACUUUGCAACCUAUUUUACGCCUGGGAAUUUGAACAUUGCAAAUAUCCUUGUUCGUGGUGAUAACGUGGUUGGUAUCCAAGGUAAUUGGGAAUGUAAAAAAGCAUGAAAUGCCGACCCAUAUAAUGAGUUUUGGAGGGACGAAGUCGACAAGUUCCUUCAGGAGUACCCUGUGGCCCUCGAGAUGGAGCCAAUACGCCGACGGUUUUUUGCGGGUUUUUAGCAGUCCCUAAUGAUUCUUGUUUCCUGCCUACUCUUGCUCGGACCAAUGUAUCUAUGAAACACUCUCUCUGUUCUCGAGAAGGUCAAAAGUUGGAACAGUUCCCGAUGCCCACCCUCCUGAUCCAUCAUAGCGUCUCUGCUCUCUCUUUCGGUUAAUAUAGCCAUUUGCAAUCUGCUCAAUUGCAGUCCAGUCUGUGACCCGAGUGCCC